UAAAAGCUGGCUUUUCUUAAAUCAUCCCUGCAGCUUGUCAUUCAUCAUGAGUACCGAGCUGAAUGUCCCUGCAGACCCUCCCGCCUCUGCCUGCUGUACUGAGCCUGCUGCCAAAGGUAUGGAUUACCGGGACUGGGUCCGUCGCAGCUACCUGGAGCUGGUUACUUCCAAUCACCACUCUGUUCAGGCUCUCUCGUGGCGAAAGUUGUACCUGAGUCGAGCCAAACUGAAAGCUUCCAGCAGGACCUCUGCCUUGCUCUCCGGAUUUGCCAUGGUGGCCAUGGUUGAAGUCCAGUUAGAGAUGCAGUACCAGUACCCUCAGAUGCUGCUGAUCGCCUUCAGCGCCUGCACCACCAUUCUGGUUGCAGUCCACCUCUUUGCCCUCCUCAUCAGCACUUGCAUUCUGCCCAAUGUGGAGGCGGUAAGUAACAUCCACAACCUGAACUCCAUCAGCGAGUCCCCCCACGAGCGCAUGCAUCUGUACAUCGAGUUGGCAUGGGGGUUCUCUACCGUCUUGGGGAUCCUCCUCUUCCUCGCCGAGGUUGUCCUCCUCUGCUGGAUCAAAUUCCUUCCGGUGGACUCUGUUUUGAAAAAUGACACUGCCGUUGUCCAGAAGCCAAGCAGCCAUACGGGCUGGCAGGCGGCCCUUGUCUCCACCAUGAUCAUGGUCCCCGUGGGGAUCAUCUUUGUCGUCUUCACCAUCCAUUUCUACCGAUCACUCGUCCGCCACAAGACCGAACGUCACAACCGAGAGAUCGAAGAACUUCACAAACUGAAAGUGCAGCUAGAUGGGCAUGACAGGGGACUGCAGGUGGUGUGAU